AUGUCGACGUCCCGAGUCAGCAAUUUUCCACCAGCGGUAGAGUUGAUGUUUGUCAACAUUGCUCGACCGGAGGACAUAAAAGACCGCAAGACUCAGAGGAAAAUCAACAGUCAUGUGAUGAAGCCGAUUGGCGUCACUCGAAGGCGCGCCCGCCCGGUCGACAAAAUAGAAACAACCCUGAAUUCUAUCAAAUCUACAUCACAGCACCGAGGCGUAUGCAAAAGCUCGCUAGCACAAUCCAACACUUCUAGUACUGGCAUUAGAACUCCAGAAUCAUCCUCUUGGGCAUUCGAGUAUCGACAUUCGCUAGAUUUAGUCCCAUCUCUUUGCCCCUCCCAGAAGCCCAGCAGGUAUCCCAUGUCCGCCCGAACGAGCAUAGCUGUAGGCCAGGAGGCGCCAGUCUGCAAGCUCAUGCGUGAGCUUUGUUUCGCCCUCGCAUUUGCUGAUGAUAGCGCCAUGCACUUGGUUCUUGCUCGCCUUGAGAUAGAUCCUGAGCGAACUGGGGAACAGGCAUCUCGAGAGAGCGCCAGUAGUCUGACACAUUACAAUGCUUCAAUUGAAAUCUUGCGAAAUCAGCUUGGGGUCGCUCAGCUUAUGGCUCACGAAGCCAUUAUCGGUGUAGUGGUGAACCUGGCGUGCUACGAUAUGUUUACUAACAACUUAGCACGGUGGAAGACGCACAUGAUGGACUUGACUGGUUCUAUGAUCCUAGACCAAGCACCUCAUCUCACGCUAUAUGAAGCCGGCUCUGCUAUAGUGCAGUACACACAACCCAACCUUGAGGAUGGGGCCAUACAAAGCCACAGAGAUACCGAGGUGCUUCUGGAGUUGCUACUCAAACUAUCCAACCUAGCUGCCGGAAAGUCUGAGCUUGAUCUCAGUGAGGAUUCUGCUCUGCUCGAAGAACUUCAGGUUGGAGUAUACAAAACACUGACUCUGCCGCGCUACAACAGUCCAAAUAUCCACCAGAACUCCUUGGCACCUUGUCUUCUAACUUACGAGAUAUUUCGACUAGCAGUGCUUGUGUAUCUUUCAGGCCCUGUCACGUUUUUGGCAGGUAAUAGGACCUUCAAUGUGGUAACUCCCCAUCUGAGAGGUAGACUAUCGAGGAUGUACAGGGAGCAUAGACUUGAUUGGACGGGUCUAGAACACGUUGAACUAUUUACACUAGUCAUUGGGGCCUUGACGGAAGUCGGGCAAGACAGACAGAGAUUGAUGGUUCAGCUUCAGCGCACGAUGAGAGUACAGGGCCUAAUAUGGAAUGGUCUGGUCGAUAAGCUUCGCUCUAUGGCGUGGGUUGAUAUUGUCUGGUCAGCUGGCCUAGAUAGGCUGCAUGUGGAUUUGGCGUUUACGACUGGUUAG